ACAAAGCGUAGCCGAGCCGGCUGCACGGAAGUGGUGUUGUUACCACGGUGUGAAAUGAGCCGCUAUAGUCUGAAAAAAAUAUAUAUAUCCCCCGCUCGAAAAUGCGGUUAAUCUUGUAAUUAUUACUUCAUUGUUUUUUCUUAUCAGUAUCUUGCAAUUGCUUGAACUCAUCGAAGGGAUAAGCGGGCUACCUUGCUAGCUUCACCAACACAGGCGGCCAUGCCUCCCUACUCUGAAUUGAGGAAAAGCAAUCACUUCUACUACUUCAUCAAAUUUACCCUAAAUGUCUAUUCGAUGCUUUUUUCGCUGGUGGGUCUGUGUGUGCUCUGCGUGGGGGUGUAUGCCGAGGUGGAAAGGCAGAAAAAUCGAACUCUGGAGGGUCUCUUCCUGGCUCCUGCUGUGGUGCUAAUCCUGCUGGGCCUGGUAAUGUUCACAGUCUCACUUGUGGGCAUGGUCGGCUCCCUCAGGGACAACAAAACACUGCUGCACAUGUUCCUUUGCGUUCUCUGUGUUUUGCUACUUCUUCAAGCUAUCGCCCUCAUCAUAGCUCUCAUCUUUGAGAAGAAGACGUCUGCCUUGUUUCAAAGCAGUAUACGAGAGGGAAUCAAACACUAUUACGAUGAUCUGGACUUCAAAAACAUCUUGGAUUACGUGCAACAGAAGUUUUCAUGUUGUGGAGGGGAUGAGUAUAAGGAUUGGGCAGUCAAUCAAUACCAUUUCUGCAACGGUACCGGUCCACUUGCAUGUGGUGUUCCAUAUACCUGCUGCGUCCGCCGUAAGGUAGGAGAGGUCAUUAACACCCUGUGUGGGUCCAAGGCUCUGGCUCUCGAUAAACAGCGUGAAACCCUGCAGGAGGUGAUCCACGUGCGAGGCUGCAUCCAUGCAGUCAACCUUUGGAUGAGUGACAACAUUGGGAUAACUAUUGCACUGUGCUGUGCCAUCGGGCUGCCGCAGCUGUUGGGCAUCAUCCUGAGCUGCGUCUUCUGGAACCUGCUGGUGGAAAUGAGCCAGUCUACCGACAUGGUGGACUUCAAGCUCAAGAAGCUGGAGUUCAAGUACAGCGAGCUGGACCUGGCCGGUGCCGGAUGGUGUAUGUGCCUGCCGAGGGACGGCGGCUACUUGCCCAUUCCAGCCUCCGAGCCCGAACUGGACCCCAUUGACAUUCACCUGGAGAAGCUGAAGAAGCAGCCGCCUCGCACUCAUUCUCAGCUCCGAGAACUUCAACAGUCCCGAUCGACCACCGGGCUGGACGAGGUAGACGUGGGCCGUAAGCUGAAAAGGGAACACUGAUUGGUCUCGUUGCCCUUUCAUUGUAAACUUUUUAUUUGUUUGAUUUGUGUUGCACUACUUAUGGGUUAAAUUUCUGAUGUUGGAUUUAGGGAAUUUGGUCCGCCAAACGGAUCCAAAAUACUUUGUCACUUUGCUGAUGAUUGUGUUUACUAAGAAUUCCAGGAACAAACAAAAUAGAGCAGGGGUGUCCAAAGUGCGGCCAGGGAAUUUUCGAGACAUAAAAUUAUAGCUGCAACAAUUAAUCAAUGAUUAAUCGCUUAUGCAGUUAAUCGACAACACUUUUGGUAUACGAUUUUAUGUUUUUCGAUUUAAAAAUGUAAAUAUCCUUUGAUUUCAGCCUCUUAAAUAUUUUUUGAUUUCCUUAGUCAGCCACGAAAGAAGACCUACUACAACAUGUUUCCAAGUUUAGCGUCACGUGCACCUCCCAAAUAAUCCUCGAGCUGCAGCUGUGAUUGGUCGGCCUGUAGUACAUUAAUUCCUGUAUGUUUUGGAUUCGUUCAGUGGGUGGACAGCCCACCUUCGCAAACGCCUUCUCCUCUGAUUUUGGAUCAACAUUCGCAAUAAAAAUGACUUGCAACGCAUUGAUGCUGCAAUAACACUCCCUAUGUGUUUUUAAUUGCCAUUGUUCACUCAUGAUGAAGGAAGCUAACGGGCUAAAUAGUCAACGAGAAUUGUGGUUGCUCACAGAGCUGACGUCACAUCACACGCUCAACUAUGACGAAGAUCUGCAAAAUAAUAGCAUGGCAGUAUUAACCGGGAUGCCCCUAUUUUUUUCUCUCGAUUGUUAUCCACCAGACCUACGUUGGAGUAGUUUUAGAGCGUUUAUUUAAAAAAUAAAUCAAAUAAAGUAAAUGUCAAAGUGGCCCCACGCAUCCUUCGUGCCCCGCUGCAGAAAAAGUUUGGACACCCCUGACAUGAGGCAUCGACUUCAUUAUUUAUUAAUUUCUUUUCUUGUUUUUGGCAUUUUAGCACAUUUAAUUUCAUUUGAGCCUUCGAAACUCAUCCGCUAAAGCUUACCUCAGGCUGUUUCCAAAAUAGCCCGAUAGUCAAGAGGACGAAAACUACUGUAUCUUGUGUACAAAUUAAUUGUAGAGUCAUGGAAGUUUUUCAGUGUGUGACAAAUAGGACUAGCCACGUAUGUCAUGCUUGUAACAUCUGUGAUGGAUGUGUACAGGUUGUGUGUUUUUUUUAAUUAGGAGUUUGAUUUGUGCAGUCUGUGUUUUGUAAAACUGAUAGUUGUGGAAUAACACGAAUGCAUGUUUUGUACUGUGUAUGACCAUAAGCGGGUUUAUGAUACUUGGUUUACAUUUGGAGCUCUCGAAGGAGGCUUGAUUUUUACAGUUUGUUUGUUUUUUUAACCAUAUGGGUUUUUAUUAUUUCCUUCUUUCAAAGGGGCAACUAAAAGGGAUAAUGCAGGCUACAACUCAGUUCUUUGACUGUGUUUUCACACACCGCUGUUUUGAGCUUCCCUCCAGCUCUUGCCUUGUACCAACACUACUGCUCCUCUUAAUAAACCUGAAUUUGUCUCCUGA